UCCCAUCAGAUAAGGGAAGAUUUCAUGCCCCAUUUUCUUCUUUUUCUUAUUUUGUUUUUUUUUUGUUUUGCUCUCGGUAAAAACUCAUUUCUGUUUCUCAAGUAACUUUGAAGAAAUAUAUAUAUAUAUAUAUAUAUAAAUAUAUAUAUAUGGAAAAAAAGGGUCAUUCAAAGUUCAGUUUCUUCUUUCUGUUUCCUUCAUUUUCUUAGCAACCAAACAAGAGAUCGUGUGAAUUUAAUGUUAUGGCUUCUACUAUUAUAAAUGCUCGAUGUACGGUUCCUUCAGUUAAAGGUCCUGAUAGUCAAAACUAUGUUGGUAUUAGACCAAUCUCGAGUUUAAAAUUCAGUUCUGGUAGAAUUUCAAUCUCUGGACUUUCUCAGCGCCUUUUUGUGGUGAGGGCUAGCGAAAGUCAUGAUGCACAUGUGAAAAAGAUUGAAAAGAGUAUUGAAGAAUGUGAGGCUGCUGUUGUGGCUGGGAGUGUGCCUGAAGCUCCUCCAGUGCCCCCUAAGCCAGCUGCUCCUGUUGGGACUCCCGUGAUUCAACCUCUUCAACUUAGCAGACGCCCUCGUCGUAACCGCAAGUCCCCUGCAUUGAGAUCAUCCUUCCAGGAAACAAGUAUAUCUCCUGCAAAUUUUGUAUAUCCUCUUUUUAUUCAUGAAGGUCUGGAGGACACACCCAUUGGAGCUAUGCCAGGAUGUUAUAGGCUUGGAUGGAGACAUGGACUUGUUGAAGAGGUAGCAAAGGCCCGGGAUGUUGGUGUUAAUAGUAUUGUGCUCUUCCCCAAAGUUCCAGAUGCUCUGAAGUCUCCCACAGGUGAUGAAGCCUAUAAUGACAAUGGUUUAGUGCCUCGAACAAUACGGCUGCUUAAGGAUAAAUAUCCUGACCUUGUUAUCUAUACGGAUGUUGCUUUGGAUCCAUAUUCGUCAGAUGGGCAUGAUGGUAUUGUCAGAGAAGAUGGAGUCAUAAUGAAUGAUGAGACGGUGCAUCAAUUAUGUAAGCAAGCUGUGUCCCAGGCCCGAGCUGGAGCUGAUGUUGUGAGUCCCAGUGAUAUGAUGGAUGGGCGUGUUGGAGCUAUUCGUGCUGCCCUUGAUGCUGAAGGCUUUCACCAUGUUUCUAUUAUGUCCUAUACUGCGAAAUAUGCGAGUUCAUUUUAUGGUCCUUUUCGAGAAGCACUGGACUCCAAUCCACGAUUUGGAGAUAAAAACACGUAUCAGAUGAACCCAGCAAAUUAUAGAGAGGCUUUAGUUGAGGGUCAUGAAGAUGAGGCUGAAGGAGCUGAUAUUCUAUUGGUGAAACCUGGUCUUCCUUAUUUGGAUAUCAUAAGACUUCUCAGGGAUCAAUCUCCUUUGCCUAUUGCUGCAUACCAGGUUUCUGGUGAAUACUCGAUGAUCAAGGCUGGUGGAGUUCUCAAAAUGAUUGAUGAAGAAAGGGUUAUGAUGGAAUCCUUGAUAUGCAUCCGCCGGGCUGGUGCUGACAUCAUCCUUACAUAUUUUGCUUUACAAGCUGCUAGAUGUUUAUGUGGUGAGAAAAGGUGAUAUUGGUCUUUUGUUUUUUGAGGCUUUGGUUGAUUGUGCACAAAAGCUUGAGGUACUAAAUCUUCUAUUUAAGAGUGCUAGAUGUUAGAAUAAGCGGGACUUGUUAUAGCAUGCUUGACUUAGCAGUUUGUAGUCCGUGUUCCUCAUAAACCUCAAGUAAGUUACAUGCUAAAAAUAAAAUACCAUCUAUGUUUGUCAAGUCUAAAUUAAAGUGAAAUUUCUAAUGAUAAGAAUCCAUGUUCUGUUCUUGUGAAUGUAAUUCUAGAUGCUUAUCCGAAAGAAGAAUGUAAUUCUAGAAGCUAACUUGAUUGAAAUGGAGGUGUGUUUGUGUGGUGUAGAUACCGAGAAUGUUAAUCCAAAAUAUAGGUUAUGUAAAUAAAUGAAUGCAUAAAUAAUAAAUUUAUAGAUCAUACCGAUAAAAUCACCUAUUGUAUAUCUUAAUGGUUGUGAAAACAAUGAGAAAGCUGCAAGGAUCUGAUGAGAGGUAAGAGAGAGAAAGAGAUGAACAGGAUAGAAAUAAUUCUGUUGGAGAUUUGAAGAAAAAUAAUACAAUUGGGAAUGGGUACUUGUUGGUAAUGACGUACAAUAAAAUUGUGAGAAGCCGCCAUAUCUGUGGAAUAUUUUGCUACGAAUCUUGUCUGCUGAGAUGCUAUCAAGAAUUAUACCUUCUGAAAAUGUACGGAGAGAUUGUCUUGUAUGUUUAGGAAAAUACAUCCUUGUUUUCAGACAUGGUGUUCAACUUAGGUAUCUGAAGCCAUGUUAAAGAAAAUGCAUAUUAGCCAACAGGGUUGAGUUGGUAAGAUUCGGAUAUUUUGUUUAUAAAACUUAGGAUCGAGUUCUGUGGCCUUCCUUUCUUUUUGAUAGACGAUUUAUUGAUCUAAUGGAAGUUUUUUGAGACCUAUGAUCUAUCUUGAUCUUUAAAUAGAAAAAUUUCUCCUCACCUUAAAAUAUUUUCGACAAAAAGAAAAAGAAAGAAGAGGAAAAUUUAUAUUAAGAUUUUCA